AUGAAGAGAAUGGGAUUUGGUAAGAGGUGGAUGAAAUGGAUGGAAGCUUGCGUUUUCUCAAGUCACAUGUUCGUUUUGGUAAACGGAAGCGCAACUAAAGAAUUUUCGGCUCAAAGAGGAUUACGUCAAGGAGACCCGUUGUCACCAUUUAUUUUUGUCCUCGUAACAGCUCUUGUCAAAAAUUCGGUUGAAGUGGGGGAUUUCAAGCCUUUUAAAUAUGGAGAAGAGGAGGUAGUGGAUAUCCUACAAUCCGCGGACGAUACCGUUAUUUUAGGGGAGCCAACUUGCGAUAAUCUUUGGAGCUUGAAAGUGUUGUUGAGAGGUUUUAAACUCGUGUCGGGGUUAAAAACCAACUUCACUAAAAGUAAUGUUUUAGGUGUUAACAAUUGGGGUGUUACACUCAUCAACGCGGUUCUAAACGCUAUUCCUACUUUCUCUAUCUCUUUUUAUAAAGCUCCGAAGAAGAUCAUUCAAGAGAUAAGAGAGAUUCAAAGCAAUUUUUUGUGGAGUGGUGACACGAAUAAAAGAAGUAUACAUUGGGUGAGGUGGGAGAUUGUGUACAAACCAAAGGAUAAAGGAGAAUUGGGGGUUAGGGAUGUAAGAGAGACAAAUAGGGCGCUCCUUCUUAAAUGGAAAUGGCGAAUUCUUACGGAGAAAGAUGCAAUAUGGAGGAUAUUCAUUGAUUUGAGGUAUCUCAAUCCCAAAAUCAAGGCGCAAGCAAACAACGGAGAUAUCAUUAUUCAAGGCGAUUCCAUAUGGUGGAGGGAUGUCAUGAAAAAUAAUGUGAAAAUGGGAGGUUUAGAGGAAGGCUUUUCUAGUUGUGUCAACUGUCUCUUAAAGAAUGGUAAAAACAUUCAUUUCUGGGAUAGUAUUUGGUUGGGAAAUCAAACAAUUCGUGAAUCUUUUUCACGUUUGUCUGAUUUAUCAACCAAAAAACUGUCAUCGGUAGCGGAGAUUUAUCACGCACAGGAUGAAGAAGCUUCCGGGUCUGAGAACAGCUUUUUCGGCCAGAAUUCUUCCACUGUACAAGGGCCGGUACAGACCAUGGCAGCAACAAGACGGGAUUCGGUUCAGCAACAGUGGCGGAAGACGUUUUCGUUUGGAACUUGA